GAGAAGGUUCUUCACUCUGAGGACAAGGUUCUUCACUCUGAGGACAAGGUUUUUCACUCUGAGGAUAGGGUUCUUCACGUUGAGGACAAGGUUCCUCACAGCGUCGACAAGGUUCCUCACUUUGAGGACAAGCUUCUUCACUCUGCGGACAAAGUUCUUCACUCUGAGGACAAGGUUCUUCACUCUGCGGACAAGGUUCCUCACUCUGAGGACAAGGUUCCUCACACUGAGGACAAGGUUCCUCACUCUGAGGACAAGGUUCUACAAUCUGAGGACAAGGUUCCUCACACUGAGGAGAAGGUUCUUUACUCUGAGGACAAGAUUCUUCAGUCUGAGGACAAAGUUCUUCACUCUGACGACAAGGUUCCUCACACUGAGGACACGGUUCCUUACUUGGAGCUGGAGGACAAGGUUCGUCACCCUGAGGAAAAGGUUCUUCACUCUGAGGAGAAGGUUCUUCACUCUGAGGACAAGGUUAUUCACUCAGAGUACAAGGUUCUUCAUUCCGGGGAUAAUGUUCCUGACUCUGAGGACAAGGUUCCUCACUCUGAGGAAAAGGUUCCUCACUCUGAGGACAAGGUCCUUCAAUCUGAGGACAAGGUUCCUCACACUGAGGACAAGGUUCCUCACUUUGAGGACAAGGUUAUUCAAACUCUGAGGACAAGGUUCUUCACCCUGAGGACAAGGUUCUUCACUCUGAAGACAAGGUUCUUCACUCUGAAAACAAGAUUCUUCACUCUGAGGACAAGGUUGUUCAAUCUGAGGAGAAGAUUCCUCACACUGAAGACGAGGUUCCUCACUCUGAGGACAAGCUAUCUCACUCUGAGGACAAGGUGCCUCACUUUGAGGACAAGUUUAUUCAGUCUGAGGACAAGGUUCUUCACACCAAGGAAAAGCUUCCUCACAUUGCGGACAAGGUCCCUCACCUUGAGGGAAAUGUCCUUCACUCUGAGGACAAAGUUCUUCACCCUGAGGACAAGGUUCUUCAUUCUGAGGACAAGGUUCCUCACUCUGAGGACAAGGUUCUUCACUCUGAGCACAAGGUUCCUCACACUGAGGACAAGGUUCUUCACUCUGAGAACAAGUUUCCACAACCUCAGGGCAAGGUUCCUCACUUUCAGGAGAAGGUUCCUCACUUUUAGGACAAGGUUUGUCAUUUUGAGGACAAGGUCCUUCACUCUGAGGACAAAGUUCCUGGACUGAGCACAAAGUUCCUGACAGUGAGGACAAAGUUCCCCACUCUGAGGACAAGGUUCCUCACUCUGACCACAAAGCUUCUCACUUUGAGGACAAGGUUCCGCGCACUGAGGACAAAGUUGCUGAUGCUGAGGACAAGGUUACUGACUCUUAGGACGAGUUUCUUCACUCUGAGCACGAGGUUCGUCUCUUUGAGGACAAGGUUCGUCACACUGAGGACAAAGUUGCUGACACUGAGGACAAUGCCCUCACUCUCAGGAAAAAGUUCUUCACUCUGAGGACAAGGAUCUUCACUCUGAUGACAAGGUUCCCCACUCUGAGGACAAGGUUUCUCAAUCUGAAGGCAAUGUUCCUCACACUGAGGACAAGGCUCUUCACUCUCAGGGCAAGGUUCUUCACACUGAGGACAAGGUUCUUCACUCUGAGGACAAGGUUCUUCACUCUGCAAACAAGAUUCAUCACUCUGAGGACAAGGUUCUUUAAUCUGAGGGUAAGAUUCCUCACACUGACGACGAGGUUCCUCACUCUGAGGACAAGCUAUCUCACUCUGAGGAGAAGGUCCCUCACUUUGAGGACAAGUUUAUUCAGUCUGAGGACAAUGUUCUUUACUCUGAGAACAUGGCUCUUCACUCUCAGGACAAGGUUCUUCACACAAAGGACAAGGUUCCUCACACUGCGGACAAGGUACCUCACCUUGAGGGAAAUGCCCUUCACUCUGAGGACAAGGUUCUUCACUCUGAGGACAAGGUUCUUUACUCUGAGGACAAGGUUCUUCACUCUGAGGACAAGGUUCUUCACGCUGAGGACAAGGUUCGUCAUUGUGAGGACAAGGUUCCUCACCCUGAGGACAAGGUUCUUCACUCUGAGCACAAGGUUCCUCACACUGAGGACAAGGUUCUUCACUCUGAGAACAAGUUUCCUCACCCUCAGGACAAGGUUCCUCACUUUCAGGAGAAGGUUCCUCACUUUUAGGACAAGGUUUGUCAUUUUGAGGACAAGGUUCUUCACUCUGAGGACAAAGUUCCUGAACUGAGGACAAAGUUCCUGACAGUGAGGACAAAGUUCCUCACUCUGAGGACAAGGUUCCUCACUUUGACUACAAAGCUCCUCACUUGGUGGACAAGGUUCCUCGCACAGAGGACAAAGUUGCUGAUACUGUGGACUCAGAUAGAUUAAUGCAUGGGUCAAGUUUCAGCAGAGUUCGAAAUAUUGGUAUAUAAAGUUGGGCGCAAUUUUUAAAAAGAAAACAAGGUUAAGUUUAACGUUUCAUGGUUUAAUGUUAUAGAUUUUGACCCGGUGAAUUUUUAUCGAUUUUUAUUUUAUUAUUCGUUCUUCACAUGAACUGUUAUAUAGCCUUAAACAUCAAUAAACACAGGUUAAAUGGAAACCCAUUGUGCGGACUCAUAAAAUCGCUUUCCCUAAUUGGCAUUUUGCUUUAAAACAGUACAUAGCAUCUUGUACUAAACGAAACUAACUUGCUUUGUUGUCUAGAUGGCUAAACAAAGUAAAUAUUUUGCGUUUUGUGUCAAUUUAUUCAGUAACUCGGCGUAUUUAUUUAAAUAUAUUUUGAAUAUUCGUGUUAAUGUAGGUAUAUCAAGUUAUGACUAUCAAGUUUGUGUUGUGCUUCAUCUAUUUAGCAUAAAAUUAUCGUUGCUUAUGUAUUGUAACCUUGUCCGCAAAACGGGCGAAAGUCAUAGUUUGUAUCAAAUAUGGAAAGAAAGCUAUCGCCAUUAAGCCGUAUUAUUUACGACCAGCGGGAGACCGCAUUGUCGAUUAUAAUUAGUUGCGCAAGACGCAAGUCACUACAAAUGCAACCAUUGUUACAAUUUCAUGUUGUAUUUCAUAUUAUAAAGUUGUAGUUUCAUAUUUUAUUGAUAAGAAAUAAUCAAGACGAUGUUUCUGUACAAUAUAAACAUGAAAUCAUGGGUAUUCAUCGCACUUGUAUGGACUUGCAGUCUUGCGCAACUAAUUAUAAUAGACAAUGCGAUUUCCCGCUGGUCGUAAAUAAUACGGCUUAAUGGCGAUAGCUUUCUUUCUAUAUCUGAUACAAACUAUGACUUUCGCCCGUUUGCGGACAAGGUUACAAUACAUAAGCAACGAUGAUUUUAUGCUAAAUAGAUGAAGCACAACACAAACUUGAUAGUCAUAACUUGAUAUACCUACAUUAACACGAAUAUUCAAAAUAUAUUUAAAUUAAUACGCACAGUUACGGAAUAAAUUGACAUAAAACGCGAAAUAUUUAUUUUGUUUAGCCAUCAAGACAACAAAGCCAGUUAGAUUCGUUUAGUGCAAGAUGCUAUGUACAACAUUAAACCAAAAUUGCAAUUGAGGAAAGCGAUUUUAUGAGUCCGCACAAUGGGUUUCCAUUUAACCUGUGUUUAUUGACGUUUAAGGCUAUAUAACUGCUCAUGUGAAGAACGAAUAAUAAAAUAAAAAUCGGUAAAAAAUUCACCAGGUCAAUAUCUAUAACAUUAAACCAUGACAGGUUAAACCUAACCUUGUUUUCUUUUUAAAAAUCGCGCCCAACUUGGUAUACCCAAAUUUCGACCUUGACUGAAACUUGACCCAUGCAUUAAUCUACCUGAGGACAAGGUUACUGACUCUGAGGACGAGUUUCUUCACUCUGAGCACAAGGUUCGUCGCUUUGAGGACAAGGUUAGUACACUGAGGACAAAGUUGCUGACGCUGAGGACAAUGCCCUCAAUCUCAGGAAAGAGUUCUUCACUCUGAGGACAAGGAUCUUCACUCUGAGGACAAGGUUCCCCACUUUGAGGACAAGGUUUCUCAAUCGGAAGGCAAGGUUCCUCACACUGAGGACAAGGCUCUUCACUCUGAGGACAAGGUUCCCCACCCUGAGGACAAGGUUUCUCAGUCUGAGGACAAGGUUCCGCACUUUGAGGACAAGGUUCUUCACUCUGAGAACAAGUUUCCUCACCCUCAGGAUAAGGUUCCUCACUUUCAGGAAAAGGUUCCUCACUUUUAGGACAAGGUUUGUCAUUUUGAGGACAAGGUUCUUCACUCUGAGGACAUAGUUCCUGAACUGAGGACAAAGUUCCUGACAGUGAGGACAAGGUAACGUUCCUCACUCUGAGGACAAGGUUCUUCACUCUGACCACAAAGAUCCUCACUUUGAGGACAAGGUUCCUCGCACUGAGGACAAAGUUGCUGAUACUGAGGACAAGGUUACUGACUCUGAGGACGAGUUUCUUCACUAUGAGCACAAGGUUCGUCACUUUGAGGACAAGGUUCGUCACACUGAGGACAAAGUUGCUGACACUGAGGACAAUGCCCUCACUCUCAGGAAAAAGUUCUUCACUCUGAGGACAAGGAUCUUCUCUCUGAGGACAAGGUUCCCCACUCUCAGGACACGGUUUCUCAAUCUGAAGACAAGGUUCCUCACACUGAGGACAAGGCUCUUCACUCUGAGGACAAGGUUCCCCACCCUGAGGACAAGGUUUCUCAGUCUGAGGACAAGGUUCCUCACUUUGAGGACAAGGUUCUUCACUUUGAGGACAAGGUUAUUCAGUCUGAGGACAAGGUUCUGCACUCUGAGGACAAGGUUCUUCCCUAUGAGGACAAGGAUUUUCACUCUGAAGACAAGGUUCCUCACCCUGAGGAGAAGGUUCUUCACUUUGAGGACAAGGUUCCUCAUUCUGAGGACAAGGUAUCUCACUCUGAGGACAAGGCUCCUCACUUUGAAAACAAGGUUAUUCACUCUGAGGACAAGGUUCUUUACUCUGAGAACAAGGUUCUUCACUCUGCGGACACGGUUCCUCACUCUGAGGACAAGGUUCCUCACACUGAGGAGAAGGUUCUUUACUCUGAGGACAAGGUUCUUCAGUCUGAGGACAAAGUUCUUCACUCUGACAACAAGAUUCCUCACACUGAGGACACGGUUCCUUACUUUGAGGACAAGGUUCUUCACCCUGAGGACAAGGUUCUUCACUCUGAGGAGAAGGUUCUUCACUCUGAGGACAAGGUUAUUCACUCUGAGGACAAGGUUCUUCACUCAGAGGACAAGGUUCUUCAUUCUGGGGAUAAAGUUCCUGACUCUGAGGACAAGGUUCCUCACUCUGAGGAAAAGGUUCCUCACUCUGAGGACAAGGUCCUUCAAUCUGAGGACAAGGUUCCUCACACUGAGGACAAGGUUCCUCACUUUGAGGACAAG